AUGUGCCUUUCUCUUAUCUGUUUGCUGUGCCCGCUACUCGCCUUUGCAGCUACAGAUGACUCUCAAGCUGCAUUGACAUGCUUAGCUCCAACGUCGAGUAUAACGCCCUCCGUAAUCUCGCCUACUGCUCCCGCCGUAAAUAAUACUACGAACAUAUUGGCUACGCGCGCGACUCAAUCGACAAGCGCCAAAGACAUCAAUUUAAAUAAUAUCCUUGAGCGUCGGUUGGAGUCAAUUAUAUCUGAGCUGAGAUAUUCUAAUGGUGAUAUUGCGCGCUGGCUUUCUUCCCUCGACUCGAACGGUAAAUGGUCCGACAUUGAUUAUGCUACGGGAUGUGCUGCACAACGCGCAAACUGGCCAGCUCGCGAACAUUGGGAACGUUUGGUCAUUAUGACCGGCGUUUGGCAUGGAGGACUGAGUAAUGCAAACGAGUACCUUAAAGAUGCCAAGCUCAAAUCUGCGACUCUGCGUGGUAUGAGAUGGUGGUCCGACCACGAUUUCACCAACCCGGGUUGCUUGUAUGACGGUGGUAGUGCAAGCUGUCCAUGCAAUUCCGCCGAGACCUUUCUUUGGAAUCCAAAUUGGUUUAGCAAUGUGAUUGGAGUACCGAAACUGGUGGUGGACUCGUGCCUGAUUAUGGGACGAAAAGAGCUCCCUGAAGACGUUGCGAAUCACUGCAUGUUCAUGGCAACCCGUUCAUACGAGGUGUUCGAUCGUCCCAAGAACCACAUGGCCGGCGCCAAUAUUCUGGACGUAUCGAAGAUUGGCAUCGAUGCAGGACUUUUGUCUUCAAAUCAGACUCUUGUUGCUGACGCCUAUGGCAGAAUCCAUCGAGAAGUUGUCAUAAAAAACGUCGUCAAGGUCGACGGGAUCAAGUCUGAUGGUAGUUUCAACCAGCAUGAUGGCUCACUCUAUAAUGGCAACUAUGGCAAAGUCUAUUCAAACGAUGUUGUAGAGCUUGAGCUUGCAGCACUAGGGACCCAGGUAUCCGCAGGUUCUGAGUCGAAGGUUGCGUUGGCCCGCCUUUUUGAAGGGAGCAGGUGGAUGAUAUUCUACAAUUCGGUCACUGGUGUCCUUCAUUGGGAUUUCUCUGUUCUUCCGAGAUUCAUUAGCUUCCCUGUCAUAGACGGCCAGGCUUCAGCUAACCUUGGAAUGAAUCUAACGGCGGUCAAGGAGCUGGGUAGCAAAUGGACGUCGGGCUCAUUGACAGGCUUCGCAACUAGCCUGGAAGUCCGCAACCUAAAGCAUGCCAACGCUGGAAACCUCAAGGGCAAUCGCAUGUUUUAUACUAACGAUUACAUGGUUCAUCGUGGCGAACAGUAUGUUUCAACCCUGAGAAUGUUCUCUUCGAGGACCAAAAACACGGAGUGUACCAAUUCACAAAACCCAUUCGGAUUCCAUUUGUCAGACGGCGCCCUCUACACGUACCUGAAGGGUAAUGAAUACGAAGACAUUGCCGCAGCUUGGGAUUGGAACCUCAUUCCAGGAAUCACUGUCGAUUAUGGUGCGACGGCGUUGAACUGCUCGCACAGUCAGUUCCGCGGAUUGAGUACCUUCGUGGGCGGUGUAUCGGACGGCCGCGCCGGUCUUGCUGCUAUGCGAUACGUAAACCCAGCCACCAAGUCAUUAAGUUGGCAAAAGACUUGGUUCUUCCUUGAGGACGACGUGCAGCAUGUUAUGAUUGCCGACAUCUCUUCUUCAACCAACGCGCCAGUCUACUCUGUCCUUGACCAAAAGCGCUACGUCGGCCCUGUAGUCGUGGAUGGCCGCGAGACACAUGACUUCAACGGAGUAGGCAGAUCCAAGUCGUUAUGGAAUAACAACAUUGGAUAUGUCCUCGAUCCCAAAGGACAAGCUUCCAUCACUUUCAACGUUGAAGAGAGACGUGGGGAUUGGUCGUCGAUUGGGAUCUCUGCCCAACCUUCUACGAAUGUCACACUUUUCUCCGCGCGUCUGCAGCAUACUUCCCUGAACACAUCCUCCUCGUACACCGCCUUCCCUGGUACAGACCCUAACACCUUCUAUUCGAAGAGUCGCCAAUUCUCUCUGCAGUCCACUCAGAACGAUGCCCAGGUGUCAGCGAUCUAUGACCAGGCACAUGAAACUGUUUUUGUAGUGUUUUGGAACGAGUCCGGUGGCUCUGUGAACCUCAAUAUUACACACCCGAAAUACCCAGAUGCGGACAGCCUACUCAUUACCGUCAACAGGAACGUUGCGCUCAUUUAUGAUCAACGCGCGAGCAACGUCACAGUCUCCGAUCCAUCGCAAACACUUGCGACAGUAAACGUUACGUUCGCAUUUCUGAAAGGCAGUCGAGAGGCACGAAGCAAGACCUUAGCGAUUAACUUUCCGGCGGGUGGCCUGUCAGGUAGCAGCGUUGUCCAACAUAUCUAAGCUUGUAAUCUGAACCUAGACACGUGCUGAGAAACGGAUCGAACUUGGCAUUGCUCUUCAAUGGAUACUUGUACGACUUGCGGUUGCUAUAAACCUGUUCAGUACGGCGGUUUUCAACGAUCACUGGCAUGCAUGGGUGCAACCAACUUAGAAUCGAUCAUGGAAGGUCUAUG